CCGACAUAUUGGUCACACUGCUCCCCAAUUCCUUUGUGAGUGCUGUACACCUUAUAUUUUCGGGCGUCUGCUGGAGAAAGAGUGAAAAUCUGACAAAUUGUGCUUAACUUCGAGGUUGUUCGAUUUCUACAUAAAAGCAAAACAAUAAUGGCGGAUCUGAACGAUUCCAAUGGAAACUACGACGAUGGUGACGAGAUCACCGAGCCAGAGCAGUUGCGGAAGCUGUUCAUCGGCGGACUGGACUACCGCACCACAGACGACGGUCUUAAGGCGCAUUUCGAGAAAUGGGGCAACAUUGUGGAUGUGGUGGUAAUGAAGGACCCCAAGACGAAGCGUUCACGUGGUUUUGGGUUCAUCACAUAUUCCCAGUCUUAUAUGAUCGACAAUGCCCAGAAUGCGCGCCCACACAAGAUCGAUGGUCGCACCGUAGAGCCCAAGAGGGCUGUGCCGCGCCAGGAGAUCGAUGCUCCGAAUGCCGGUGCCACGGUGAAGAAGCUCUUUGUGGGCGGUCUUCGUGACGAUCACGAUGAGGAUUGCCUGCGCGAGUACUUCAAGGACUUUGGUCAGAUUGUGGGCGUAAACAUUGUUGUCGACAAAGAUACGGGCAAGAAGCGCGGUUUCGCCUUCAUCGAGUUCGAUGAUUACGAUCCAGUGGACAAGAUCAUACUCCAGAAGAACCACACCAUCAAGAACAAAAGCUUGGAUGUAAAGAAGGCGAUUGCCAAGCAGGACAUGGACCGCCAGGGCGGCGGCGGUGGUGGUGGAGGUGGUCAAGGCGGUGGACGAGGUGGUCCUCGGAUUGGCGGACGAGGGGGUCAGGGUGAUCGCGGCCAGGGAGGCGGCGGCGGUGGCUGGGGAGGACAGAACAGGCAAAACGGCGGUGGCAAUUGGGGAGGAGCUGGCGGCGGUGGUUUCGGCAACAGCGGUGGCAACUUUGGAGGCGGUCAGGGCGGAGGCUCGGGUGGUUGGAACCAACAGGGAGGUAGCGGCGGCGGCAGUCCGUGGAACCAGGGUGGCGGCAACAGUGGCUGGAACAAUGGUGGCGGCAGUGGAGGUGGUUACGGCGGCGGCAGCAAUGGAAGCUGGGGCGGUAACGGAGGUGGUGGUGGUGGCUUCGGCAACGACUACCAGCAGAGCUACGGCGGUGGACCACAGCGUAAUAACAACUUUGGCAACAACCGCCCAGCCCCAUAUAGCCAAGGAGGCAGUGGAGGAGGUUUUAACAAGGGUAACCAGGGUGGAGGACAAGGAUUUGGCGGUAACAACUACAACUCCGGAGGCGGCGGCCAGGGUGGAAACAUGGGCGGCGGCAAUAGACGUUACUAGACAAGGUAAACACACAUAGAGAGAGAGAGAGAGAGAGUCAGUUCAAGCUAGACGACAAGCAGGCAGUCUAGGCAGGCAGAUGCAGAGGCACAAGCACAAUCCCAAUCACAAUCUCAGACCCAGGCACAGGCAGGCAACUAGUAGCAGGUGUCUCUCAGACCAGGCAGACAAGAUCAGAUCCAAGAAAUCCAGAUCGAGAAAACCAGGCCGAGUCAAGUGCAAGUGCAAGCAAUCAGUUUUUGGGCCAGUCUGAAACCUGAAGGCGAAAAGCAACAAGAAAAUAAGCCAAAUGUGUGUAUGCAAAGCAAAACAGCCAAGAAAGCAAAUCGAACCCGACGCCAAAUUGUCCACAGUUUUGAAUGCUACUAUCUCUCUUUUGUAACCAUUAAUUCGCUGAUCAAUUCAUGUUUAGGAUUUUAAGAAACCCUGAACGCUUAGUUUUAACUAUAUUAUCAAUCUAAACAAACUAAAAGAAACGAAACGAUAAGAAAGAAAGAAAAACACAAACCAACCACCAAAAUAAAAAUUAUACAAUUUUAUUUUAUAAAAUUGAUUACCGAACAACAGAAACCAAUUGAUGAGCGCCUGAUGCUCUUUGAUAACCAGUUGUUUAUAAGGGUGUUAAUAAGGUAGAGUACCUUGAACUUUAUUCAUGACGGGAUGUGGCCCACAGCUAGUUGUAUUUUCAAUUGAUUUUAUUUUAUAUAGCGAUUCAGCGAGAAAUGUAUAAAAUCAAAUAGAACCAUAUUUUGUAAUCACUUUUUUGUACAUUUAAGAACUUAUAUACAUAUUAUGAUUUAUUGCAAUACAAAGGCGAACGCCUCCGCAGAAUUGUCUACAUGCGCUGCACAGUGGUCUAAAUGAUCAAUUUGGCAGAUAUAAAUUAAUACCUUCCUAAAAAAGAGGAAAACUAUUAAUUUAUACGUGACAGACUGGCCCUUUUGGCAACUUUGCGCUAUUGUCCUAGCAAGCGAAAUCCAUAUAUACGAAACAUACCAACUCUGUUAGACCCUAAGAAGUAGAUGCUACGCUAAGCCCAGAAAACUAAAAAGAAAUCCACAUAACUAAAAUCACAAAUGUUCUGUAAUUAGUUCGUUAAAACAGAAACUAAAGCGACGUGAGAUUCAAACGAAAAAUAAAGUCCUAAUGUUACCCACCCGAAA